GUAUAUAUAAUCUAACAGUAGUCUUUUGUCACUUAUAGUAGUGUGCCAAUUAUUCUGAAACAGCUAAGAAAGAAAAUUGUGUCAAUCAUUUUAAAACGGAAAGAAUAUAUGUGUCAAUUAUUAUGAAUUGGACCUAGAAAAAAGAAGUGUCAAUUACAGAAACGGAGAAAAUAUAAACAUAAACCAGACAGGAUAUAAAGUAUGUGGAACCUAUAAUUUAAAAUCAAAUAUAAAUCUCAGAACAACAAGACAAAAAGAGAGGGGGUGGGAAAAAAAGAGAAGAAAGGAAACAAAUCAUAAACCUACUCAUAAUCCCAUCCUGCAACACAUUCACAUAAAUACAGCCUAAAAAGAUGCCUCUCUUUCUGUCCCUUAUGAUGAUAUCCCAUGUCCCUCUCACUUGACUACUUAUAUAACCCCCUUUCCAUUUUAUCCCCAAAUAUUUUCAUUUCUUUUCAUCUUCUUCUCUCACUCACCCCUACUCUACUACUCACUCUACCUACAAAUUAAUUUCAUCUAUAAAUUCUAUUUAUGAAACAACAAAUUUUUAUCAUCACAUAAAUUUUGUAUUAGAAAAACCCAUCAAAAAAAACCAAAAAAUGAGAGAAUUUUGGACCUCAUUAGCUUCAUUAAUGGGGGUACUAGCUUUUUGCCAAAGUUUACUAACAACAAUUUUCCCACCUUCAUUUCGUUACACUUUUCUCAAAUUCUUCAACCGAAUUUCUAAUUAUUUCUCUUGUUAUUGCUACUUUGACAUAACUGAGAUCGACGGCGUGAACACGAACGAGUUGUAUAACGCCGUCCAGCUAUAUCUUAGCUCUACCGCGGCCGCAACAGCUGCAUCCGCGGGUAGGCUAAGCUUAACCCGCUCAAUAAACUCCUCGGCGGUAACGUUCGGGUUGGCACACAAUGACACCCUCUUUGAUACAUUCAAAGGGGUGGCAGUUCAGUGGGAGCACAUUGUAACACAAAGGCCGUCUCAGUCCUUCUCUUGGCGGCCCGUGCCCGAUGAGAAGCGCGGGUUCAGUCUCCGGGUCAAGAAAUCAGCCAAGGAUAUGGUGUUGGGCCCGUACUUGGAUCACAUCAUGGACCGGGCCGGAGAAAUCCGGAGGUUGAAUCAAGACCGGUAUUUGUACACCAAUUCCCGGGGCGGGUCAAUGGACUCGGCCCGGCCCGGCCACCCGUGGGAGGCUGUGCCGUUCAAGCACCCCUCCACGUUCGAUACGCUUGCGAUCGACCCGCGGAGGAAGGCCGAGAUCAUGGCCGAUCUUAAGGAGUUUGCAAGCGGGGAGUCAUUCUACCGGGCCACGGGCCGGGCUUGGAAGCGCGGCUACCUAUUGUACGGCCCGCCCGGGACGGGGAAGUCGAGCAUGAUUGCUGCAAUGGCGAAUUAUCUCAAUUAUGACAUUUACGACCUCGAGAUUACGGAGGUGUCGUCCAACUCUGAGCUCCGGAAGCUGCUCAUGAAGACGACGUCGAAGUCGAUUAUUGUGAUCGAGGAUAUCGACUGCUCGAUCGACCUCUCGGACAGGCAGAAGGACAACAAGCACAGCAAGUACCGCCAGAGGGGCGGGCACAGAAAUUACCCGAGCCCGGAUGACGGCCCGCACGGGCCCGGUUCGGUGACCCUAUCAGGCCUGCUGAACUUCACGGACGGGCUGUGGUCGUGCUGCGGGAGCGAGAGGAUAUUCGUCUUUACGACAAAUCAUGUGGAGAAGCUUGAUCCUGCAUUGCUAAGGUGUGGUAGGAUGGAUAUGCACAUACACCUUAGCAACUGUUCUUUUGAAGCCUUGAAGAUUUUGCUUAGGAAUUAUGUGGGGUUAGAGGAGAAUGAUCUAGAUUCCGAGACGAUAGCCGAGUUCGAGGCGGUGGUGGGGAAGGCGGGGAUGACCCCGGCUGAUGUGAGCGAGGUGUUGAUUAGGCAUCGGAGAGAAAGGAUGAAGGCGGUGAAAGAGUUGCUUGUGGAGCUUAAGAGGAGGGCGGAGGGUGGUAAGAAUGAGAGAGUACGAGGCCGGGUUUCGAGUUUCGAGGAGCAAGAGGAGGAGGAGAAGAGGGAGCUUGAGAUGAUGCAUAACAAUGCAAAUGGUGGUGAUCAAGACAAGGAGGGCAAUGUUGUGGUGGAUGAUGAUGAACUCUAUUUCAAGGAAAAUGAUAAGAAGUUCAAUUAAGACAAAAUAAUAUGGUACAUUGGUACUGUUAUAAUUACUAUUUACUAGUGUAAUGCUUCUUGGUUUUUCUUCAAUUUUUAGGUUUUUUUUUUAAAAAAAAAUAUAUGAAAGGAAAAAACAAAAAUUGAGGGAUAGGGUAAAGGGGACAAGAAAUUGGCAAUGUUAAUGAUGAAAUGAGUGAAAUUUGAUGAUUUUGGGAACAAAAAAUGGUGAAGAGUAGGAUGAUGUUCAUCAUAUCAUAAUUUCUUGUUAUUGUUACUGUUAAGAAAUUGAUUAAGUUGUAGUUGUAGUA